AUGCAGAACCCGAGGCUGAAGCAACAGCAACACCAGGCCUUGAUGCAGCAGGCUUUACUUCAACAGCAGUCUAUUUACCACCCUGGCCUCUUAGCAGCUGCUCCUCAGAUUGAGCCAAUCCCAAGUGGAAAUCUGCCUCUGGGGUUUGAUCCAAAUACAUGCCGCAGUGUGUUUGUUGGGAACGUUCACACACAGGUGACUGAACCACUUCUUCAAGAGGUUUUUGCAAGUACUGGUCCUGUGGAAGGCUGCAAGCUUAUUAGAAAAGAAAAGUCAUCCUAUGGGUUUAUUCACUACUUUGAUCGUAGAUCAGCCAGCCUUGCUAUUAUAAGCCUUAAUGGAAGGCAUCUGUUUGGGCAGCCUAUCAAAGUCAACUGGGCAUAUGCCAGUGGUCAGAGAGAGGACACAUCAAGCCACUACAACAUUUUUGUUGGUGAUCUCAGCCCUGAAGUUACUGAUGCCAUGUUGCAUGCAUGCUUUUCUGUUUACCCAAGUUGUUCUGAUGCUAAGGUUAUGUGGGAUCAAAAGACUGGACGUUCUAGGGGGUUCGGAUUUGUUUCGUUUCGGAAUCAGCAGGAUGCCCAAAGUGCAAUAAAUGAUUUAACUGGAAAAUGGCUUGGCAGCAGGCAGAUACGUUGUAAUUGGGCCACGAAAGGUGCUGGAACCAGUGAUGACAAGCAGAAUUCAGAUGCUAAAAGCGUAAUGGAACUAACGAAUGGCACCUUAGAAGAUGCUAACGAGGCAACAAAUAGUGAUAUCCCUGAUAAUAACCCUCAAUACACCACCGUGUAUGUUGGUAAUCUUGCUCCAGAGGUUACCCAGGUUGACCUCCAUCGCCACUUCCACUCCCUUGGUGCUGGAGCAAUCGAGGAAGUUAGGGUUCAGCGCGACAAAGGAUUUGGAUUUGUAAGAUAUGGUAGCCAUGCAGAAGCCGCUAUGGCCAUUUCACUGGGAAAUAAUCAAUCAUUUAUCUGUGGUAAACAAAUCAAGUGUUCAUGGGGUAACAAGCCAACUCCACCUGGAACGAGCUCAAACCCGCUCCCACCACCUGCACCUGCACCUGCACCUUUCCCAGGCAUUUCAGCCACAGACCUUCUGGCUUAUGAGCGUCAACUUGCAAUGAGCAAGAUGGGUGGCGUACAGGCGUUCAUGCAUACCCAGGGGCAAAAUUCUCUGAAUCAAGCAUCUUUGGGAAUGGGUGCUGGUGCCAGCCAAGCCUACGAUGGUAGUUUCCAGAAUGUCGCUGCUGCUCAGCAGCUCAUGUACUACCAAUGA